AUGAUAGACAGAAGCUUUUCGAGAAUUCCAUAAUUUCUAAAAAACCUGCACAGAAUGUAGAUAGCUCUAUUUUUCUAUUUAACCCCCUCUUUUACGUUCAAAAGUACCUGAGAAGGUUAUUAGACCGGAAAAAUGUAAAGCAUCAAAGAUGGCUUAAUCUCCCAGUCAAUAAGGAGUCUAGAGAUUGUUUCCCAGUCAAGACCAACAUUCAACAAGUAUCGUCAACAGGGAAGCGUGAAGAAUGUGCAGCUGUAACGUUCUCUCUCCAAGGCGGUUUCUGGAAGGUCAAGAUCAUUACGUUGCUAUCAGGCUGGUCUUCCAACACGUGAAUUUUCGCCGGCUCUGGGCGCUAACCCUUCCUACACCUGUAUAUCUCUCUCUUCGUCAACGAGAAGUUCUAUUCGUCGCGUUUUCCAAUUCCAUAAACUCAUGACUUUCGUUCUUCCUGUGACCGGAAAUACAGAAUACGCAACCUCCGUAGGGCGUCUCAGUGCCUAUAUAAAUCCUCCAAUCCUUUCUCCAGUACGAAAGGAGCUUCCUAAGGGGAGGAAGAAAGAUAGAUAGGGAUAGAGAGAGAUAAAGAGACAGAGAGAGAGGGGGGGAGGAUGACAUCAAUAGCGUCGAUGGAAGCAUUGGCCAUGGCAGGGGCAGACUAUGAAGUUUUAGGAAUCAACUUCAGCGAAUUGGAUGAUGAUGCGGACGCACUGCCCCCUCCACAUCUUCUCAUCGACCGUGAGGAAGAGGCCCGAUAUGAGGGUUCUGCAAAUCCAAUGACAAUGGAAAAGUUAUCCAUGGAAGCUCUUCCUAUUGCGGCAGUAAAUUACGUGGUCGGCAAUGCCAAUGUCCCUUCGUCUCCAGACUCUCAGCUUCUUCACGGCAAUCAGACACUACCAGUAACCUAUACCAAUUCGUCGUGGCCUGACGAGCGCUGGCAGUGCAAGCCCUUGGAGCUGAAAAGACGGCUAGUCGCAUGGGCGAGGACCGUCGCCAAUUUGAUAGCAAGCCAGAGAGGGGAUUUGUUUUUGUAUUCUAGACCGCUGAAAUAGUAAAAUCCAGAAACGGCUCUGUAAACAUGGAAUGACUGUUUAUUCCUCCAGACUGAUCGGUCAAUGAUUAUUUAGUUGUAUUUCAUACCUCAUGGGUAAACAUAGCUGUAGUGAAGAGAAGUUUUCACGCGCAGUAGUGCAUAGUGGAAACAAAAUUUGAAACAGAUUCAACUGAACCUUUAGUGCUUUGGAUUUGAACCUUAAUUUUAUGGCUUAGAUAAAAUCAUGCAUUGUAGAAAUUUUUUCAGAUGGAUUUUCAUUUACACAAGAAAAUUAUCACAAUCAUUUCCUUUAUCAUGAGCGUCUAACGAGCUCCUAGAACUUUGUAAAUAACUGUUUCCUUCUAAUAUUUACAUGCCUUUCUCAGAAUUAUCACCCUUACAUUUUAAAUAACUGACUCCUCGUCCAUCACCAACUCUCCCUCAGCCUGUGGCUGUCUGGUGAAUUAUUCUCCAUGCUUCGUGCAUAUGAUUCCAUGCACCUUCUCACCACACUGGUUUGAAUAGUACUAUAGAGAAAGCCCGAAUAAAACAGACUUUAAUUCCGAUUAAUUAGUAAGGCAAGUGUCACCCAAUUUAAUUCAUUGAUAAGGAUGAUUCCUAAGAAGUUCUGAUGAUUACUUUAACCGCACUCGGCCAUAGGCUCCUUCUGUACACAGAGUAAUUGCACAAGUACAAUUUAGGGAAAUUCCUGUUCGCUCAACCAUAGCAACUAGUGGUACAACAAGAAUAAUCUCGUAAGUGGUCAACUGAUGCUCAUCUCAGAAGAUGUUCAUCGUUGUCAAUUUUCUUGA